AGUAAACAGUGUUCUGCAGAAGCGCCGGUGGAUUAACCGCAAAAAUGUUAAAAAAGAAAUCGAGUACCACUGAAAAGAAACGGAAACACUCGCAGUCCGAAGAACGACAUGACAACAGCAAACGCAGAAGCGCGGAAAACAUCGUAGAGGACUCAAAGGAUGACCUCGCUGACGCAGAGCUGGACAGGAUUGGUAGUGACAUUGAGGAGGGAGGGCUUGACCUCGGCCAGCCGUUCCAACCCAUCACUGCUUAUGUCGCUGACAGGCGGGAGAUGCUGGACCAAUGUCUCCGUGUGCUGGGGGAGAGAAAGCUACGGAAAAUGCUGCCCGAUGAGCUCAAGGACUGUAGUUUAGAGGAAAUCAAAAAGAUGUGCUGGGAGCAACUGGAGGUGAUCUCUGAGAAAAAUCUUUUACAAAUCUUGGCAGGGGAAGAGCUGACAUCUGGAAAUGGCAACAAAAACACAGAAGAGACUUCAGAAAGCCAGCAAGACAAUAAUGUGGACUCUACAUCUUGCCUCAAAGAAACUGCAAAAACUGAGGACCCUAAGCAAGGGUGGCGGUCAGGCGAGGAGAGCGACGUCCUGAGCAUAAAUGCAGACACUUACGAUAGUGACAUAGAGGGACCCAAAGAGGAGCAGACUGUUAAACCCAUGGAGGGGGCAGUGAAAGUAGUGGACAGCAGCAGAGAAGGCUCUGACCCAGUUGUAAACCCUGACCCAGCAAAUCCUGAACCUCCCACGGGCGCUCAGCCAGGGGAAGCUGGAAAGAAAGACAUUCAAAGUGACAUAGACAAAAGCGUCAGCGAGAUUUUAGCGUUUUCAUCCUCUUCGAGCAAAGAGGAAGUUAAAGAACAGAGUGCACCUCCACAGUCCACAGAUGUUAGUUUACCUGUUCAAGGAGUGUCUGUUUCGAGUCGUGCACCGGCAGCAUGUCGGCCGUCAAUUCAGCAAUUAGAGCUUUUGGAGUUGGAAAUGAGGGCGAGGGCCAUAAAGGCUCUGAUGAAAGCAAGUGAUGGGAAAAAACAUCUCGUACCAAAAAAUGUUUAACAUGUUGUUGGUUUAAUAAGAGAGUCGACAACAUAGGACUUGAAUACUCAGAUUAUUGAGUGUGCACCAUUCAAACCGUGUUAUUUUAGUGCUCCAUAUUGGAAUGAUGUUGCAGAGAAAGUUAAACACAUCACAGCCUGUCCUACGCUUACUGAAUGAACAUCUGCUAUGAUUCACACAAUAGUAUCUCCAAAUGUAUUUAUGUCUUUGGUCACUAGAUGGCAGUGUUAACCUGCUGUAGUACUCUCAUGGUAAUGUCCAAUAUGUGCAGAUGUGUGCAAGAGAUGAUUUAUCCAAUCACAUUACAGUCAAAUUAGCAUAGAAGUCAUGUUUCUUCGUAAUAAUGUGAAGUUAUACAAUUGGGGUAAAGAUCUGUCAAUUUUUAGAGGACGAGAGAAUAUUACAUGUUUUGUUGUGUAUAGGCUGAGCUUUGCCAGCCAAAAAAUGUGGCAGCAGUGUUGUGUUGUCAUUUAUAGUUGACACACCUGUGAUAUUUCUUCACUGAACACCUGUUUGACUUGACAGGCUGAAGUGUGCACUGCCAUCUCUCAUAUUUGCAUUGUCUGAAUGUCAAGGUUAAUGUCUAACAACAGGUUAGGCAAAGACAACAACAACAAAAAAUUGCUCCCAUGGCAUUACAGACAAAAUACAGAGAAACCCAAAAGUGAAAUAAAUCAAAGAUAAUUAGACCGGUUGUCCUCAACACAUACAUCAAGUUAAAGAACCUGCCACUUCUAUCCUCCGGAGUAACUUUAAAAUUUUGUCUUUCUGGAUGUCUAUGUAGCAGCUGGAAUUAAUAGCAUCCUCUCCCCUAAUGUAGUGUUUUUGCUGUAAUUUAUUCUGAAGCUGCUUUGUUCCUGUAUGUGUGCAAUUACAUGCAGAUGCAGAGCAAAACAGCUCUCAACCUCACUACCCCAAAGGAGACAAUGAAAUGUAUGAUAAGAAGCCAGUUGCCUCCUGGGUAUUUGCAUUUAAAAGGGUUAUUUCAUGGGAGGAACGAGGGUGGGGAGCGUUAAAUGCGACUUUCUCUAUGCAUGCAUGUGCAGGUAUCUUUGUACUCAUUGAUGAUUUGAAGAGGAAAACGUCCACUUUAGUGAAAAAGAGAUACAACGAUUCUAAAGUGCUCAUAGUGGUAUGAUUGGUGAGUAUUUAUCUGUGUCAUUUUAGUGCUAUUAGAAUGCCAAUUAUGAUUUGGUUUGAGCAGAUAAAUGGCUUUUAAAGCAGACAUCAAAAUGAGUAGGCUGAAAAAUGGAUUGAUGGAGGUGAGAUGAUGCUGUUUUUGUUGAGAGAGUACUUUUUGAUGUCAAAUGAACCUUCUGAUCCAUGUUAAAAUAUUGAGGUGUGACGCUUCCAUGAUUGCUGCUAUUAUGAAAGUCAAAAACAAGGUUUUGCAAAAAGUUUCUGUGCUCAUUGGUUCAACUGUUUAAUAGCCGCACCUGUCAUUUUCCUCAGUGUUGUGAACAAGUCGCUGGUUCACAAUGCUCGUUCGGCAGUAGUCCUCAAAACUUUUAGGGUGAAUUAUCCUCUCAACUAUGUUUAACUUUUACUGUGUGACAAUUGCUCAAAACCUGAAGAGAUUUUAGGUUUUGAAUUUAAAA